AUGGGUAAUCCUUACAGAAAUAUGACAAAAAGAAAUUUAACCUGGCGCUUCUUUCACGAAGUAGAAGAAAAUUCUGAAGCAUUUCCCAUUGAUAUUGACGAAUCAGAGUCUGUCUCGGAACUUGGGAAAGAAAAUCAAAGAAAAAAAGAAGGAUUUACUCAUGUUAUUUUUACCUCAAAUUAUUUAAUUAAUCAAAAUUUGAAAGAAAAAAUUAAAGAAUUAACUGAAAACCUUGAGAAUAUUCAUUUCAGUUUCGAAGAGGGAAUGGAUAAUUUUGGUCGACUCUCCGAAAUGCUAACCACAUUAAAAAAAAACAAAAGUCGUGCCGAGAACUCCAUAUUACAACUCGCAUAUAGUGAAAAAAUCGUUAGUAAAGGCGAUGACAUUUUAUAUAAUAAUAUUAAGAUUACCACUUUGAAAGUGGCAGAAGAAUGGGCAUAUAUUGAGUAUGAAAAUGAGUAUUUUACAAGUAUAACGAAGUUUAUCAAGGAAAAAGAGAAUAUAACAUACCCUCCGGUGCCUGAACAACGUGACCUUUUUGCCAUCGGCAAUAGAUCUUAUCAGGAUAUACGUAGGAUUCUGGGAUCAAAAGAGGGAGAAAAUGUUAAAGAACCAUUUACACAAAUUCCGAUUAAAGAAUCAGAUCCGUCAGAAAUUAUGAUAAUCGAAAAUAUAGCUGUCAACUGGACAUUGUUCCCUACCUAUGUCUCAUCAAAAUUACAUGAUGGAGUAAAUUUAUUUAGCAUCCCAUUAAAGGUGGAAACAAAGGAUGGGAAGUUAUUAUCUAUCCAACUCACUCGACCGACUUGGACUUGA